GCUGAGAGACAAAGAAAUCAGAGCGCCACGGCAGGCUCACUGGACAAAGGCGGCUCUAAGCCGCCAAAACGGGCAACCAACAACUCACUGGCGCCUUUUUACACACACGAGAAGCGCACGUGCGGCUACUUCUUCUCUCGUGAAACGGACAACCGGAAGAGGAACUUCGGCAUCCCUCCCAGCGACCUCGUGGCAUGGCGAUCGAGCAACCCCGUUCAGUGACCAGAAAAACACUAACCAAUCCUAAAUCUUCCGCCAGAAUAUCGUCAUAACAGUAUUUUUUGUCCGUAUGUGCUCCAUUUCCUCUCCUUCCUCUAAUAUAAUAUAUUACAAUGAUUUUACCGAAAUGAUGCUAGAAACUGGAAAGUCUUCAAUUUGUUUCUGUAUUCUGAGAACUCCCUGACAAUAGGUUAUCUCACAGCUUCUUGUUUUUAUCUCGGGUGUGUGUGCACGUUCCUGGGCACGUGCAAGCCCACAUAAUAUUAAUUUACCUUUACAUUUUAUUUUAUAGUUUUUCUGCUUUGAUUUAACCCAGAAUUGCACUGUUAUGGAGAGACUCCGACGGGCAAUUUGAAGACUCUUUUUCAUUUCGUUUGUAAGAGUGCGUAUACUUUCUAAACACGGGCGAGCCUUUUCCUUUUCCAUUUUGUUGUUUACGAGCUUUCUGAUCUGCCUAAUGCUUUAGAUCCACCCCCAUUGUAACGCACUGAUUUAAAACUGUUCAAGGAUGAGAUUUGAAAUACUUUGUAUUUUGGCUGAGUUUAGAUUUGGUUUUUGUAAUUAUUGGCAUUCCAAAAACUAGGCAAUCUCACACUACCCAGGUUUCGUUGACAGCAUCCCGCCUACAGAUAUUAUUAGCACGUGCCUUCACACUCCCAUCUGUAAUCUCAAGGUCUCUACAAUAUAAAAGUGAAAUGAUCAAGAACUUGUGAGAUGACUGGACGUUUUUAUUCUUUACAAGCACUCAGUGACGCCUAGACACUUUGACAAGGCGGUCUGUUAGCUUCUGAUUUGGUCCACAGUAAUUUUACCGGCACGUGCCAGUUAACAACCUCCUACACUUGCUCUAGACUCCAUUCUGUCCUAUCUGUCACGUGCAACUUGUCCUUCGUAGGAGGACUCAAAACAAGUUAUUGAUUUGAUUAAGAAUGGCAAACAGUUGGGAAUUUUUUUAUCGCAAACAUCCAUUAGUGUUUUCUACACAGGACCCGUUCGUUCCACUAUCAGAAUAAUUUUGAGUAUUGGGAAUAUAGUUAAAAUGGGAAUCCCCAAUUCUCUCCCGACAGUAUAUUUCCAUUUAAUCUCGACCAUUUGUCGUUAUCACUGGUUUAAAAAACCAGGAUGUGUCUCCAAUAUAGAAUGCCAUGCCUCCAUCCAUGCGAAUCAAGCACAAAGCAACGGCAUAUGUCCAUGAUAAUCUACAUACAAAUCCCAUCCAGUUUUUAUAGACAUUUUGACAGCAACACCAACAAAUCAUCUCCCGUGGUUUGCCAGGCUGGACUCUGCAACUCAACUCAAGGAUCUUAGCAUAAAGACUUGUCCAAUAGGAUUCUAAUCAAGACUUAUUUGAAAUUAUCCUUUGAAUUUUUUUUUGAUACAAUAGGUCGAAAAUCCUCAAAAUGGAAUCCACUAGUGAGCUUAUUACAUGCUAUACAGUCCAUUAUUACUUCCAUUAUUAUAAUUACUUUUAUUCUUAUUUGUAAUAAUAAUAAUCAUAAUUGAUAUUAUAAUCAUUAUUUGUAAUUGCUUGGUUGUUGUUGUUUUAAAACCAUUUAUUUCAGUCUUAAAGACAGAAAGGUAUGAACGUUUUGAUUUUUAAAAAUCAGUAGUUUGGAUUAUUAUAAAUUAUAUGAAUAGUAUUGCGUUAUCUAUUUUGCCCAAAUCCUGUGGCUGUGCUUUUCUGUAGUUAUACUUCUUUACCUGCUCCCACUCACUCACAGUAUUAUUAUCUCUGUAACCAAGGUUUUGCCUUUUCAAUCUUCCUUGAGCAGAAACAAGAGAACAGUAUUCGGUUUUAAAUUCUAUCAAUGUUAUACUUUGCUUAAAGUUGUAAGUAUGUAUACAUCAUCAGUAUUAUGCAUUCAACUUUUCUCCAAAUAUGAAUGUUGAAGCACCACUUGACCGUUUAGAAGUGUGUUAUUAUCUUAUUUCUUUGCAUAUGAUUUCAUCAUCUGAAUGGUUUUCCCUAUCUAUUCUCAAGAUAUAUUAGGUAAUAUGAAUUCUGGAAGAAAGUUUCAUAAUAAUAAGUUUAUAGAGUUUCGGCGUAUUUGAUUUUACUGAACGAAGAACAUGUUUCGAAACACAUGGACAUAUUCUUAGUAUUAUUUGAGCAAUUUGGAAUCCGUUUCUCUGUCUUUUGAACAUACCAGGAUUCCCUUUCCCCUCUCCUCCAUAUUGUGAUGUAAACACAAUAUUAUAUAUUUAUGUGUGAUAUUCAGUAGCUGCCUUUACGAUGCACUAAAUCUGUUCUUCUGUUCUACCGACUCCGUCCAAAUCAGUAUUUUGUUCUCAUUUGUUCCUUGCAAUAAGUAUUACAACAGUGUGUGAAAUCAUGAACUCCAAACAAUAAAGUGAAGUUUGAACCAAAAAAAAAAAGAA